GGCUAAACGAUGCAUUGAAUUGCAAGAGCAGAAACAAGCCAGGUACGCAGAGCCUCAUUGUCCCAUCACCCCACCGCAGCAUGGAGAACCUAGAGGAGGACCUGACAUGUUCAGUGUGCUAUUCCCUCUUUGCUGAUCCUCGGGUUCUGCCCUGCUCCCACACCUUCUGUAAAUCCUGCUUGGACAACGUACUCCAAGUCUCUGCCGUCUACUCCAUCUGGCGUCCACUGCGGCUCCCACUUAAGUGCCCCAACUGCCGCAGUGUGGUAGAGCUCCCACCAACAGGUGUUGACGCAUUGCCCAUAAAUGUCUCCCUCCGCGCCAUCAUUGAGAAGGUAACCAUUUGUUUAAUACGUUUUUAUUUGGUCUUAGGUCAUUGUCACAUCGGGGCAUAUCUUUAUAGUUACAGUAUAAUGAAGUGGUAUAUCAUCUAUUUUAUUCCCAUCUUUACCUGUCAGUUCCAGAAGAACAGCCAACCACGGCCCCCCCUCCUGCCCUGAGCACCACCGACAGCCCCUCAACGUCUACUGUGUCCAGGACCGCCAGCUCAUCUGUGGCUUCUGCCUAACAGUGGGCCAGCACCAGGGACACCCCAUCGAUGACCUGCAGGCAGCCUUCAUCAGGGAGAGGCAGGUGCCCGCUCACCUGCUGGGGAGGCUCUCAGACCACCGCCUGGCAGAGGUGAUUUAUCAGUUUAUUUACCAGUAAUAAUGGAUUUAAUGCAUUUGACCAACUUCUGGUUAGAUUAUGUGAAGUGUUAUUUCCUGAAGGUGUGUAAGCUGGGGGAGCAGCUGAAGCAGGAGAAGGCCAGCUGUGAGGGCCUAGUGAGGCAGGACCGGCAGGCCGUGGAACAGUACUUCCAGGGACUGGAGCUGGUGCUUUCCAGGAAGAAAGAGGCUUUCAUGGGGGCCCUGGACACAGCAAGCGUGGAGGUGUCUCUGGCCUACGAUCCACUCAUCCAGAGGCUGAAGGAGCUGCAGGUAAGGAUAGCCUGGGUCGGUGUUGUCAUGACAUUACUUCCUCACCUUUGAUUGUAUAUUAUGGUGCCACCCUUCCCCACAGGAGGAGCAGCUGGACCUGUUGUCUCUGGGUUCGGCCGUGGAGGACGAAGACUCUCCCCUGGUCUUCCUGGAGAAGGUGUACCUGUUCCGGGAGAGGGUGGAGGCACUGGUAAAUGCACCCCUGCCCAGAGUCAUAUCCCUCUCCAUCACCCCCCGUGCUGCUGAGUACCUGGAGCAGCACUGGGCUGGUGUGACCAUCGGAGAGCUGGAGGAAGGGCCGGUGCCUCAGUUCUUCUGCUGUGCAAAGCCCACCCAUUCUGGGGACGGUUCUUAGGACAGAGGCAGGGAGUCACCCUGGAGGCUGGGUCCAGGAUCUGUUGCUGCAGCCCACUCCCCCUGUGGUGCUUCUGGGGCUGCUGCUGCUCCUGAAUCCUGUUGGGGGAGCAUCUCUGGGCUUCUCCCUGCUGUCCCAUCUCAGUCAGAUGGUGCACGACCUAAGCAGUGAACUGACCGCCUCACUAUGGGAGACAGCAGGCUUCCUGUACGCACAGACAGUGGAGGUGGUGUGGCGGUGCAGCUCUGCCUUCUCCACACUGGGGGAGAACACCUACCAGCAGCUGGCAUCCCUCUACAAGACCCUCAGCUCCUGA